UUUCCACGUGUUGUGCAAAGAACUUUUCCAAAAGUGAAAAGUUUGACCGUUUUUAUGGACUGAACGGAGUCGGUCUGGACUGUUCCGCGUUAACACGUCUUUAUUCGGGGUGCUUCGGGUCGGGUUUAUGAAUAUAUUCAACACAAUGCCGCCGACAAUAUAUCAGAGUUCCACAGUUGAUGAACGUGGUACCUUCAGGCGUUUGGAAAUUGCUCCCAAGGAUGAACCAGACUUGUGGAGGUCAAUUUUUUUCUGAGGUCUUGGCUAAUUUCUUUUGAUUUCCCCAUGAUGCCAAGCAAAGAGGAACUGAGUUUGAAGAUAGACCUUAAAAUACAUCCACAGGUGGAGGUGUCUCUCUUCAGGAUGAACUCACGGAUCUUCUUCAGCACAGGAUUCUGGUUCUGGACGGAGGGAUGGGGACGAUGAUCCAGCAGAGACAUCUGGAAGAGGAGCAUUUUAGAGGUCAAGAGUUCAAAGAUCAUCCCAAGAGUCUGAAGGGCAACAAUGAUAUUCUGAGCAUCACCCAACCUGACGUCAUCUACAGCAUACACAAGGAAUAUCUUCUGGCAGGUGCUGACAUCAUCGAAACAAACACGUUCAGCAGCACCAGCGUCGCUCAGGCUGAUUAUGGGAUGGAGGAUCUAGCGUAUCGGUUGAAUAAGGCGUCCGCAGAACUCGCCAGAAAAGCGGCCGAUGAUGUCACAGCGCAAACAGGUUGUAAGCGGUUUGUAGCUGGAGCCGUCGGUCCCACCAAUAAAACUUUGUCUGUGUCACCGUCAGUGGAGAGACCGGACUUCAGGAAUAUCACGUUUGAUGAGCUGGUAGAUACAUACUCCGAGCAGGUCAAAGGUCUUCUGGAUGGUGGUGUUGAUAUUCUGCUGGUGGAGACCAUCUUUGACACAGCAAAUGCAAAGGCGGCUUUAUUUGCCAUCGACAAACUUUUUGAAGACUCUUAUAAAGCCCGACCCAUAUUUAUUUCUGGCACUAUAGUAGAUAAGAGCGGUCGGACUCUCUCGGGUCAGACAGGUGAAGCAUUCGUCAUCAGCGUGUCUCACGUUAAACCACUGUGCAUUGGUUUGAAUUGUGCUCUGGGUGCAUCUGAAAUGCGUCCAUUUAUUGAAGCGAUAGGAAAGAGCACUGGAGCUUUCGUCAUCUGUUACCCAAACGCAGGUCUGCCCAAUACGUUUGGAGGGUACGACGAGACCCCUGAUGUCACGGCCGCACAUAUAAAGGAGUUUGCUGUGGACGGUUUGGUGAAUGUUGUUGGCGGCUGCUGUGGAACGACACCUGAGCACAUCCGGGCGAUUGCUGACGGUGUCCGUCACGUCCAACCCAGAGUUCCUCCUAAAGACGUUUAUAAUGAUCAUAUGCUGCUCUCAGGUCUGGAGCCAUUCCGAAUCGGUCCGUACACAAACUUCGUAAACAUCGGCGAACGCUGUAACGUGGCUGGAUCACGCAGGUUUGCCAAACUUAUCAUGGCCGGGAAUUAUGAGGAGGCUCUGAGUAUCGCUAAAGCUCAGGUGGAGAUGGGCGCACAGGUUCUGGACAUUAACAUGGAUGAGGGGAUGCUGGACGGACCGACUGCCAUGACCCGCUUCUGUAACCUCAUCUCAUCUGAGCCCGACAUCGCCAAGGUACCCCUGUGUAUCGACUCAUCCAAUUUUGCGGUGAUAGAGGCGGGGCUUAAGUGUUGCCAGGGGAAGUGUAUCGUCAACAGCAUCAGCCUCAAAGAAGGCGAGGAAGACUUCCUGCUGCGGGCCAGACAGGUCCGUCGCUACGGUGCCGCAGUGGUCGUCAUGGCGUUUGAUGAGGAGGGGCAGGCGACAGAAACAGAUGAGAAGGUGAGGAUCUGCUCAAGAGCAUUUCAUCUCCUCAUCAGUAAGGUGGGCUUCAACCCCAAUGACAUCAUCUUUGACCCCAACAUCUUGACCAUUGGCACAGGCAUGGAUGAGCACAGCAUGUAUGCCGUCAACUUCAUCAGAGCCACGAGACUUUUAAAGGAGAGUUUGCCGGGUGCUCGGGUCAGUGGAGGUCUUUCUAACCUCUCGUUCUCCUUCAGAGGGAUGGAAGCCAUCAGAGAAGCCAUGCACGGAGCCUUCCUCUACCACGCCAUCAAGGAUGGGAUGGAUAUGGGAAUCGUGAAUGCUGGCAGUCUGCCGGUGUAUGACGACAUUGAUAAAGAACUUCUACUGCUUUGUGAGAACCUGAUCUGGAACCGAGAUCCAGAAGCCACUGAGAAACUGCUGCUGUAUGCACAGAAUAACGCUAAAGGAGGAAAGAAAGUGAUUCAGACAGACGAGUGGAGACACAACAGUGUGGAGGAAAGACUUGAGUACGCUCUUAUAAAGGGUAUAGAGAAGUAUGUAGUAGAGGACACAGAAGAGGCACGAGCUCAGACGGACCGAUACCCACGACCGCUGCACGUCAUCGAGGGUCCACUCAUGAACGGCAUGAAGACUGUAGGAGAUCUGUUCGGAGCGGGGAAGAUGUUCUUACCUCAGGUGAUAAAAUCAGCUCGUGUGAUGAAGAAAGCCGUUGGGUAUCUGAUUCCCUUCAUGGAGACGGAGCGAGAGCAGAUGAUGGCCGAUUCUGGAUCUCAUGAAGAUAUAGACCCGUAUCAGGGGACGGUGUUGUUGGCCACAGUGAAAGGAGACGUUCAUGACAUCGGUAAAAACAUAGUUGGUGUCGUUCUGGGCUGCAACAACUUCAGGGUCAUUGAUCUGGGAGUGAUGAUUCCAUGUGACAAGAUCUUACGGGAGGCGAUUCAAAGUAAAGCAGAUGUAAUCGGUCUGUCUGGGCUGAUCACGCCGUCUCUGGAUGAAAUGAUUUAUGUUGCUAAAGAAAUGGAGCGUUUGGGGUUGAAGAUUCCUCUGCUGAUCGGUGGAGCCACGACAUCAAAGACUCACACUGCUGUUAAAAUAGCUCCACGCUACAGCGCACCAGUCAUCCAUGUACUUGACGCGUCUCGCAGUGUAGUUGUGUGUUGUCAGCUGUUGGAUGAAGGUGUUCGUGAAGAUUACUUUGAGGAGAUCAAAGAAGAGUAUGAAGACAUCAGACACGAUCACUAUGAUUCACUGAAGGAUAGAAGAUUUUUGUCGCUGAAUCAGGCCAGAGAGAAAGGCCUCCAUAUAGACUGGCUGUCUCAACCAAGACCAGUGCGGCCGCGGUUCCUGGGCACACACGUGUUUGAGUCGUAUGACCUGCGGGCGCUGGUGGAGUUCAUCGAUUGGAAACCAUUCUUUGACAUUUGGCAGCUGAGGGGGAAAUAUCCCAACCGCGGCUACCCCAAAAUAUUCAAAGACAAAACUGUGGGUGAGGAAGCUCGUCGUGUCCAUGAUGACGCUUUGAAGCUGUUGAAUCGUUUGAUUGACAGCAGAGGUCUUCAGGCCCGCGGGCUGGUGGGGUUCUGGCCCGCUCAGAGCGAUGGUGAUGAUAUACACCUGUACUCUGAUGAUGUCACAUCACGUACCGCCACACCUGUUGGCACAUUCUACGGCCUCAGACAGCAGGCAGAGAAAGACUCGGCGAGCUCGGAGCCGUACUUGUGUCUGUCAGAUUUCGUGGCUCCUCGCGGCAGCGGCGUUCAGGAUUACGUGGGUCUGUUCGCUGUGGCCGUGUUUGGAGCAGAAGAGCUCAGUCAGAAGUUUGAACAGCAGGGAGACGAUUACAGCAGCAUCAUGGUCAAAGCGCUCGCAGACAGACUGGCUGAGGCGUUUGCAGAAGAGGUGCAUGUUCGUGUGCGGAGGGAUCUGUGGGGUUACAGCAGUGAGGAACAUCUGCCUGCAUCGGACCUGCACAAGCUACGAUAUGAGGGGAUACGUCCUGCCGCCGGUUACCCCAGUCAGCCCGACCACACCGAGAAAAACACCAUGUGGAAACUCGCAGACAUACAGGAGAAAACCGGUAUUGGUUUAACUGAGUCUCUGGCGAUGACUCCAGCUGCAUCAGUGUCAGGACUGUAUUUCUCCAACCCCAAAUCUUGUUACUUUGCUGUGGGUAAAAUCACUAAAGAGCAGGUGGAGGACUACGCAUGUAGGAAACAAAUGGACGUGUCAGAGGUGGAGAGAUGGCUCGGGCCGAUCCUCGGCUACAACACUGACUGACGCUAAACCUGUCAGACAAACUCUUUCUUGAGAAUUUAGGAUGAGAUUUUAGAAACGUGGCACACUAUCUUUACAAAUCAAAUAUUGGCCCAAAUUAGGGAUUUUUGUCUCAAAGGGUCCAAAAAAAAUCAACUUUUACUUUCACACUACAUAACUGAACUCCAAUUUUAAUUUCUGUUUUUAAUGGAACAAAGCGACAAGCACUUACAUUUUAUUUUUAGGCCUGUUUAUUUUAUAGGUUGAUUUAUUUUGAAAUUUUAUUAUACAUUUUAAAGAAAAAUAGAACAGAUUUGAUUAUUUCCCUUAGAGGCUGAUGUCAUCAUAUGAAGUUUCAGUAUUAUUUUGAUUUUGAAAAAACGUUGCACAUCGACUCGUGCCAAAUUUAAAGACUGAUGUCACUGACACAGUAAGUUCACAGGAAGCGUUUCUUUCUGUUAGGUUUCCAUAAGAGCAGAAAUUCAGUUUUAGUAUCGAUAUCAGACUGUAGUAUUAAAAUCAUAAGAACCUGAAAUUCAUUAUGACCGUUUAUACAUGGGAAAAACAGUACUGUUUUUAGCUUUUUAGAAAUCAUUUACGUCACAGUUUUGUGUUGAUAUCACUUAAGAUUGUUCCAAUGAAACACAUUGUUUGACCUGUUGAGAUGUUGACAUUUUAAAACGAUUUCCAAUAAAACAAACCUAAAUAAAACCUCUCUGUUUUUGA